CCUGUCUAGUGGGCAGAAACGGCAGCGCUGGAGCGCAGAGCGGAGCGCGCCGGAGCCUGAACGGGACCCCGCAGCGGCCAUGGGGACGCGCAGCAACCCAGACGAGGGGACCCCGCCGCCAGAGUGCGACGCAGACAUCCUGUCUCAAGAGACCACUCAGCCUCAGGAGCACCCCGAGGACCCCCGCGAGCAGGAGGUGCCCGAGGCCCCUGCAGAGCUUCUGAGCGCCCAAAGAGCGGAGCAGCAGGCGGAGGAAGAGGAAGAAGUGGGAGAAGGCAGCAGCACUGAGAGCAGCCGCGAUGCGGCCGAGGCUCCGCCUCCCGUUCAGACUCCGGCCACGCCCCCCGCACCCACUCAGUCUGGGGAAGGGGUGCGAGGGGCGGCGCGGCGGCUUCGAGCACAGCAGCUGGAGGCACUGACUCGCGUGGCCUUGAUGGAGCAGCGAGUGAAGGAGCUACAGCGUCAGCGGAAGGAGCUGAGGAUCGAGAUGGAGGUGGAGGUGGCCCUGCUGCGGGGUGAGCUGGCUGGGGAGCGAGUGGCCGCUCGGCGGGAGGAGGAGCAGCUCCGGGAGCUGCUGGGGCAGCAGGUGGACGCAGAGCAGGGCGGCCAAGAGCAACAGGAACAGGAUCAAAAGCGGCUGAGCCAAGAGCGGGCUCGUGUAGAGGGUCUUCGCCAAAGACUCCAGGAGGCCCAGGGACAGCUUGACUUGCAGCCGGAAGACCAGCGCGAGCGGCUUCUACAGAGAGUGCAGGAGAUGAGAGAACAGCUGGACGUGGCCCAGCAUGCUUACGAGGACCUGGAGUUCCAGCAGCUGGAGCAGGAGAGCCGGCGGGAGGACGAGGAUCGUGACAAACCCGGGGCCCGGGCGCGGGACCCCAAGGUCCAGGAACUACAGGCCAGCGUGGCGCAGCACAGGCGCCGGAUCCAGGUCUUGGAGGAGCAGCUCAGGUCGCUGGGGGAGCAGAUGGCGGCUGAGACCCGGGGGCUGAGCCGGAAGAAGGAGGAGGCCCUUCAGGCCCUGAUGCAGGAACGGAGCCGCCUGCUGGAGCUCAAUCACCUUCAGGGAGCCCCUGGCGGGGACUUCCCUGAGUCCAAACAGGCCCUCACUAAGCUCCUGUUCACCCAGAAAACAGACCGCCAGUUGCUGGUUCUCCAGGACCCCACUGCCCAUGCUGCCGCCGCCACCUCUUCCUGCCUCUUCUCCGUUCACAGCUCCCUCCAGGGCUCCAUUGGCCUGCAGAGGACGGGAAGCCUAACACGGAAGAGGGGAGAGAGAGGGAGCCAGAGGGGAUCCCCGCGGCCUCUGUCUCUCCAUUGUACUGGAGCCCUGGAGGCCUCCGCCCUCCCACCAGCAGCAGGAGACUCUGGGAGACACCCCCUCUAUCAGCUGCUGAACUGUGGCCCCGGGAAUAGCUGUGGGGCCCUCCACCCAGACAUCGCCCGCAUGGAGCGGCUCCUGCAGCAGGCGGUGGCGGAGAGGGAGCGGCUGCUCCAGGCCAGGGAAGGGACCAGGAGGAGCACGGAAGGUUCCUCGGGCCCCGCUGUACCUGCCAUCAUGGCCCCUCCCACUCCCCCAUCUGGCCCUCCAGGCCCUCGAGUCUUGGAUCUGCGGCAGCACCUAGAACGCUGGGGCCACAACCCGGAUAACUGCCCACAUAUACAGGUGUCCGGGGCAUGCUGCCGCGGAUCCCUGGUGAAGAUGGGAGGCCGCAUCAAAACCUGGAGGAAGAGGUGGUUCUGCUUUGACCGCCAGGCCCGCCGCCUGGCCUACUAUGCGGACAAAGAAGAGGCCAAGCUAAAAGGCGUCAUCUACUUCCAGGCCAUCGAGGAAGUCUACUAUGACCAUUUACGCUGUGCCUUCAAGAGCCCCAACCCUCGCCUAACGUUCUGUGUCAAAACUUAUGAACGCCUGUUCUACAUGGUGGCCCCGAGCCCUGAGGCCAUGCGUAUUUGGAUGGACGUCAUCGUGACAGCCGCUGACGAGAACCACGCCCCCUGAUUGGCCACACCCUAUCAGGGGGACGUCCUAGCGAGGCCCCGCCCUGCCCGCGCUGCCCGCCCUCCUCCCAGGCCACGCCCACCACCUGGAAGCCCUGCCCCUCCCCUUUGGAACUCUCUUGGGAAUUUUCGAGGCUGGGCUGGUCUAAGCCUUGAUGUUCUGGGCUGCAGGUGCCUUCCCCAGACGGGAAGCCAGCCCCUGGGGCUCUGUCCCGGGCAGGAGGAAGAUUUCGGGGACCGGAAGAAACUAUUUAUUGGUGCUCCUGUGAUACCGAAUUAAACAUGGAAGGAAAACAGUGGUUACUGCUGAGGUUCCCAGCACAGGGGUCCAGGGCCCCUUGGCUCCUAGGCAGGACCCUUGAGGUAUGGGUAUCUGUGAGAGCUCUCCCCUUUAGGAAUGGAGGCCUUCCACCCCAAGGUCAUGGCUGGGAGAGGGAGAGUGGGGAGGCAUGCAUCCUUAGUCUUGUGGCAAUUUUGUUUUUUCAGUUUGUGGGCCCGCCUGUUUCCACCCUUUUGGACCUGACUGGGCUACUGGCAAUUUCUGGGAACUCAGAGGCUUCUGCCCUCCAGGCCUUAGCACAUGUCAUUCCCUCUGCCCUUCCCUUAACCAGCCAGCUCCUUAUUCUUCAGGCCUUAACUGGGAUGUCGCCUCCUUCAAGAAGCCCUUCCUGACUCCCCUAGCUGGGUCAAGCCCUGGCUUUGAGCUAAGCUGUCCCAUCCCUGAACAUCCUGCAUCAUCACUGGUGAUGGACCCAUGUCCUGAUGGACAGGGAGAUCUAUGAGGGCAUAGCCAGGGCUGUCCUGGUCACGACUGUGUCCCCAGGACCAUAGGGCACAUUAUAUUCUAUGAAAGUGAAAAAAAUGCUAUCUUUUCACCUCUCAGUCUGGUCUUUGUACAUAAUGUUCGCUUUGCUAAAUCACCUUUCCCCACUCCGCCCUACUCCUCAGCGUUUAGGUCAUAGAUCAGAUGUUUCCUUCUCCAGGAAGCCAUCCCUGAUUCUCCUGACUGAGUCAGGCCUUCCCACCCUAGCCCUGAUCACUCUGCUCGUGCUCUCCGCAUCACAGUCUUGACUACUCUGGGUCGUCUUUCCUGAUGACUGUGUUUCCGGUGCUGGGUGGGAGCCCCAGGAGGUGGGAGUUGGGCUGUUUCCAUCAUUACUGAGUCCUUCGCACACAGCAGAGGGCCUAUCUGCAAACUAGGUGUUGAGGGACUGUCUUAUGGUUGAAUAAAUUGAUGACAAAGAUGCUGAGGAUGGGGCGGUGGUGAACAAGACAGACAUAGAACUUUUCAUCUUUUAAGUCUCACCCGAGGUGUCUGUCCCCUCCUUCAGGAAGCUCUCCCUGAUCUCUGGUAGGCUUCCACAGUCACCUGGGCUCCCCUACUGCCCUGACGACUCUGGGCUGUCACUGUGUGGAACAGGUCUUUUCCUCCCUUAAACCUCUCUGGAACAGCAUUCGGUCUCUGAUUCACAUCUCAGGACCUGGGUGUCCUGUCUCAGGAUUCCUUGAGGAUCCAGAUGUGCCCCCUGAGGCCUGGGAAUGCAAACACUCCCAUCCCCAGGCCCUUGGGGACCCCAGGUGUUCCUUGGCCUCUACCUCCAGAUGUCAGAGAUCAUUUUUGGAUCAUUUCAUUCCCCCAGCCCGUCUACAAACUGGGUUCUCUUUCUGGAACCAGCAUCAUAAGCGUGUGACUAGUAUAGUUGACAGGUCUCUGAGUUCAGAAAAGCUCCUUGGCUGAAAAUUCUUAAUUUUGUAUUUGAAUUUGUGUUUUGUAAGUGGAGUCUGAAGUUUCAUGGAGCAUGAACUAGGGAGACUGGGGCCUCGGCUCAAACAGGGUCCCACACCUGCCAUCUCCCAUCUCCUCGGGACAGGUUCUGUCUGCCUGCCCCUGCCCAGUGACCUCUGCUAUCCUCCAGCUCUGGUAGGGGCCUGGGUGCCCCCGGGAAGGUCAGGCAUCUCGUGCCUGAUGGCAUCUCAAGUGGGACGUGGCAGCGGGCAGCUAGUGGAAGGGGAACCCAGGUUGUUUUAGUUGGGGGGCAGGGUCUCUAGAUACCUGUGAGGGUCUGUGCCGUGCUCACCCCACGAGUAUCCUUGUGCCCAAGGGCACAUGACAUUAGACACCGUAAGGAUUGAGAGAGGUGGGGGAAGAAAGGAAAAGAGAGUUUCUACUUUAGUGCCUUUUUUUGUGCAUUUACUUUUAAAAUUUUUAUUUUUUAUAGCUUUGUUGAAGUAUAAUUUAUAUAAGAAAACUGCAUAUAUUUAAUGUAUACAAUUUGAUGGAUUUAGACAUAUGUAUAUACCUAUAACACUAUCACCACAAUCAAGGUAAUAAAUGCAUCCAUCUCCAACA